ACUUCUUCUAGCCUUCUUAGAAACCACAUGAUCCCUUCCUCCCACACCCUUCUUUAAAAACUUAUUUAUUAUUUCCCCACGUUUCACACACUCAUCUCCACCGCCCACCUACCACCAUGAACCACCACUGGUCUUCCGACGACAACUCCUCCAUGAUGGACGCCUUCAUCUCCUCCGACAUGACCUCCAUCUGGCCCACCCCCACCACCACCACCACCACCAUCACCACCUCCUCCGCCUCCACCUCCAUCAUCCACGACCCCUUCAACCCCGACACCUUACAACAACGCCUCCAGACCCUCAUCGACACCGCUCGUGAGCCUUGGACCUACGCCAUCUUCUGGCAAUCCUCCGUCAUCGAUUACUCACCGGUCCUCGGCUGGGGCGACGGCUACUACAAAGGCGAAACAAACAAACCCAAAUCCACACCCUCAGCCACCUCCUUAGCCGAACAACAAUACCGGAAAAAAGUCCUCCGAGAACUCAACUCCAUGAUUUCCGGCACAUCAGCACCGGAAAACGACGCCGUUGACGAAGAAGUCACAGACACCGAAUGGUUCUUUCUAAUCUCUAUGACGCAGUCGUUUGUUAACGGGUCCGGGUUACCGGGUCAAGCUGCGUUUACUAACCAGCCGGUUUGGCUUGCCGGUUCAGACCGGCUGAUGUCAUCUCACUGUGAACGUGCUCGUCAGGGUCAAGGGUUUGGGUUACAAACAAUUGUUUGUGUUCCGUGUUCUGACGGCGUUAUCGAGUUAGGGUCAACGGAGUUAAUUUUUCAGAAUUCAGAUGUUAUGAAGAAAGUUAGGGUUUCGUUCUGUUUCAAUAAUACUAACGGAACGGAUAUGAUGCAGAUUAAUAAUAAUAAUAAUAACAAUAAUAAUAAUAAUAAUGUUACGGAUCCGGGUGAUGGUGGUGACGACCCGUCGUCUAUUUGGAUAACGGAUCCGGUUGCUUCGUCUACAGCUCAUGCUGACGUCACGCCGGUUAAGGAUAUUGUUGAGUCACACGUUCAGAAACAGGUUCUGUUUGAAAACCCUAAUGAAAACGCUAGAUCUGGUGGUGAUAACGGAAAUAACGGUAAUACCGGAUUUUUUGGUACCAGAGAGUUGAAUUUCUCUGAAUUCAGAUCGUUUGACGGAGUUAACGGCGGGAAAAACGGGGGUUCCGGGUAUAAUAAGGCGGAAUCUAGUAAGAUUCUGAAUUUCGGUGAGAGUAAACGGAGUGUUAACGAUGCUCCGUUUGCGGGUAAAUCGCGGUUUGUUGGAGUGGAGGAGAAGAGUAGUAAGAAGCGAUCUCCGACUUCGUGUGGGAGUAACGAAGACGGGAUGCUUUCGUUUGUGUCGAAUGUGGUUCCGGUGUCGGGUGUUGUGAAAUCGAGUGGUGUUGGGUUGACUGGGGUGGAUUCGGACCAUUCGGAUCUUGAAGCGUCGGUGAUUAAAGAGGCGGAGAGUGCUCGAGUGGUGGAGCCGGAGAAGAAACCGCGGAAAAGAGGGCGGAAACCGGCGAAUGGACGAGAGGAGCCGUUGAAUCACGUCGAGGCGGAGAGGCAGAGACGAGAGAAGCUAAACCAGCGGUUUUACGCGUUGCGAGCCGUCGUCCCUAACGUGUCGAAAAUGGAUAAAGCCUCGUUGUUAGGCGACGCGAUUUUGUACAUUAACGAGUUGAAAUCGAAAGUGGAAAGCUCCGAAACGGAGAAGGAAGAGUUGAGAAACCAAGUUGACGCGUUGACGAAAGAAUUGUCGAAUAAAGACUCGCGGCAUCCGUCAUCGGGCGACGUGAAAACGACGACGACGGCGGCCCUCAUCCCGAGAGCGGAUUUGGAUGUGGAUGUGAAGGUAAUGGGGUGGGACGCGAUGGUUAGGAUCCAAUGUAGCAAAAAGAACCACCCUGCCGCGCGGCUAAUGGGGGCGUUGAUGGAACUAGAAUUGGAAGUGAACCACGCGAGUGUGUCGGUUGUGAACGAGUUGAUGAUUCAACAAGCCACCGUGAAAAUGGCCGGUCGGAUGUACAGUCAAGACGAGCUCCGGUUAGCCUUAACCGGCAAAUUUUCUGGUCCAUGAAGAAUUUGGGACAAUUAGUGAAGCUUUUUAAUGUAACAUAGUAGUAGUAUUAGUAGCACACUUAAUUACUUGUGUUAAUUCCUUGUAUGUUCUUAGUGUAAUGAGUGAAUCUUAUCGAACCCUUAAAUAAAACAAGAGCGUUAAACCGCUCUCUUUGUUUAUGUU